CAUCGACCAAAGUUUGAGAUAUAGAUCAAUAUAUACAUAUAAUCUCAGAAAUUUGUAUUUUCUUCAUCAUCAUGGCUAGAACAAAUCUGAUUUUCAGCUUCGCCUUUGCUGGUUUUAUUAUGUUGUCUAUCUCACAUAUGGCGCUAGGGGUUUCCCAGCUUACUCAAGUGGUACCAAAAGCCGAACCGCUUGUCUUGAAAGCCCCAGGUGCAACCUUGGAAAAGAAUGGUAAAGAUCAAUCAGACUUACAAAAUGGUAAGUUUAACAGGGGUGGAACUGAAGGACUUACUGCAGCGAAUGGGUUAGCCCGUGCGAAUGAUGGUGGGGUUCUAGUUGCGGACUUGAAUAAAGGAAAGGUUACCCAUGGUCCAGAAUAUGAACAUGUAAAAAUCGCAGAUGGAGCGGUGUCUGAUGAUCGAAUUUCCCAGGUGGACACAAAUAAUGGUCAGGUAACCACUAGUGAAAAAGCUAAGGUGAAUUUCCCAGGUGUGGCAAAUGUAAAUACAGGUACGUCGAUUGGGGUGAAUAUAAAGAAUGAAAAGGUAUAUAAGGAUAAUGUGCCUGCAGAGAAGAGUAAUGGAAACUACAAGUAGGAUGCUGCAACAGAGGCUAGCUAGAGUUUGUCAAUUUUGAUUUUCAUGCACUCACUUGAUUUCUUUUCCUAAGAAUUUGUUUGAUUUCACCAAUGAUGUGUCAUGUUGUUGUGGUUGGCGCAUUUUGCAAUUGCAUGUUCUUGAUUUAUUAAAGGUAAAGUAUUCGCUUA